CAGCCGCGGCGCAGGCGAGGCUGCGAGGGACCCGGCGGCGGUGGGGGUGCGGCUCGGCCAUGCCCGCUGUCGCGGCCUGAGCCCCUCCACCUGCCGCAAGCAUGAAGGACAGCAGGGACUCUAAGGACCAGCAACUCAUGGUGGCGCUCCGGGUCCGGCCCAUCAGCGUGGCAGAGCUGGAGGAAGGAGCCACCCUCAUCGCCCAUAAAGUAGAUGAGCAGAUGGUGGUUCUUAUGGACCCAAUGGAGGACCCCGAUGACAUCCUGCGGGCGCAUCGCUCCCGGGAGAAGUCCUACCUAUUCGAUGUGGCCUUUGACUUCACUGCCACCCAGGAGAUGGUGUAUCAGGCCACCACCAAGAGCCUCAUCGAAGGUGUCAUCUCAGGCUACAAUGCCACUGUCUUUGCCUAUGGCCCCACAGGCUGCGGGAAAACCUACACCAUGCUGGGCACAGACCACGAGCCUGGCAUCUAUGUUCGGACCCUCAAUGACCUCUUCCGUGCCAUUGAGGAGACCAGCAAUGACAUGGAAUAUGAGGUGUCCAUGUCCUACCUGGAGAUCUACAAUGAGAUGAUCCGGGACCUGCUGAACCCUGCCCUGGGGUACCUGGAGCUGAGGGAGGACUCCAAAGGGGUGAUCCAGGUGGCCGGAAUCACCGAGGUCUCCACCAUCAAUGCCAAAGAGAUCAUGCAGCUGCUGAUGAAGGGGAACCGGCAGAGGACCCAGGAGCCCACGGCCGCCAACCAGACGUCCUCCCGUUCCCAUGCCGUGCUCCAGGUGGCCGUGCGCCAGCGCAGUCGAGUUAAGAACAUCCUACAAGAGGUGCGGCAGGGCCGCCUGUUCAUGAUUGACCUGGCCGGCUCUGAGCGCGCCUCCCAGACGCAGAACCGUGGGCAGCGCAUGAAGGAGGGGGCCCACAUCAACCGCUCGCUGCUGGCCCUGGGCAACUGCAUCAACGCCCUGAGUGACAAGAGCGGCAACAAGUACAUCAACUAUCGUGAUAGCAAGCUCACCCGGCUCCUGAAGGAUUCCCUGGGGGGAAACAGCCGGACGGUGAUGAUCGCCCACAUCAGCCCAGCGAGCAGUGCCUUCGAGGAGUCCCGGAACACGCUGACCUACGCCGGCCGGGCCAAGAACAUCAAGACCAGGGUGAAGCAGAACCUGCUCAACGUCUCCUACCACAUCGCCCAGUACACCAGCAUCAUCGCCGACCUGCGGGGCGAGAUUCAGCGGCUUAAGUGCAAAAUCGACGAGCAGGGUGGGCGGGGCCAGCCCCGAAGCCGGCUGGAGCGGGGCGACAUCCGCCACAUCCAAGCCGAAGUCCAACUGCACAGCGGCCAGGGUGAGCAGGCUGAGAUGGGACAGCUGCGGGAGCAGCUCAUCAGCGCUUUCCAGGAACAGAUGGACGUGCGGAGACGCCUGCUGGAGCUGGAGAACCAUGCCAUGGAGGUGCAGAUUGACACCUCCCGCCACCUGCUCACCAUUGCCGGCUGGGAGCAUGAGAAAUCACGUAGGGCACUCAAGUGGCGGGAGGAGCAGCGGAAGGAGUCCUACACCAAGGACGACAGCGAGAAGGACUCAGACACAGGUGAUGACCAGCCAGACAUCCUGGAGCCCCCCGAGGUGGCCUCGGCCCGAGAGAGCAUCGCUGCCCUGAUGGGAGAGCAGAAGAAGCUGCGAACGCAGAAGCUGGCGCUGGAGCAGCGCUGCCGGGAGCUGCGCGCGCGGGGCCGGCGCCUGGAGGAGACCCUGCCCCGGCGCAUCGGCUCCGAGGAGCAGCGCGAAGUGCUCAGCCUGCUGUGCCGCGUGCACGAGCUGGAGGUGGAGAACACCGAGAUGCAGUCGCACGCGCUGCUCCGGGACGGCGCGCUCCGCCAUCGCCGCGAGGCCGUGCGCCGCCUGGAGCAGCACCGCAGCCUCUGCGACGAAAUCAUCCAGGGCCAGCGGCAGAUCAUCGACGACUACAACCUGGCCGUUCCUCAGCACCUGGAGGAGCUGUACGAAGUGUACCUGCGGGAGCUGGAGGAGGGCAGCCUGGAGCGGGCCACCAUCAUGGACCACGUGGCCUCUCGGGCCCUGCAGGACAGCUCCUUGCCCAAAACUACCCCAGCAGGAACCUUGCUAACCCCCGAGUCCGACCAGGAGAGCGUGAAGACGCUGAGCUCUGAAGCCCAGUGCCUGCAGAACAGCAUCCUCCCUCCCCUCCGCACAGAGAGCCUCAGUGAUGCCAACCAUGUGUUCAAGGCCAGUCCCCGGGCCUGGCAGGUGAAGAGCUCCUCUGUGCCCACCCCACCCCCCAUCCAGAUCGGCAGCCUGGUGACCCAGGAGGGCCCCACCCAGGACAGCCAGGUCAGCUUGAGCAGCCGGAUCAACUCUUCCCCCGACAGCAGUGAGAAUCUGUCAGAGAUCCCCUUGUCCCGCAAAGAGAGGAAGGAGAUCCUGACCAGUACGAAGAGCAUCUCAGUGAAGGCUGCCAGGCGGCGCUCUCGGGCCCUGGGCGCUGAGGGGCGCCACCUGCUGGCACCUGCCAUGGAGCGCAGUAGCCUAUCCCCGCACUCGCUGAGUGAGGCUGACGACUCGCGGCCGCCUGGUCCUCUGGCCUGCAAGCGGCCGCCCAGCCCCACGCUGCAGCACGCUGCCAGUGAGGACAACCUGUCCAGCAGCACGGGCGAGGCCCCAUCACGGGCAGUCGAGCGUCGUGGCGAUGGCCCUGGGCCCUGGCUGCAUGGCCAGAAGCAAAGCCUGGGCAAGAAGCGGGAGGAGUCGCUGGAGGCGAAGAGGAGGAAGCGGAGGUCCCGGUCCUUUGAGGUCACAGGGCAAGGGCUCUCCCGCCCCAAGACACAUGUCCUGGGGUCCCGUCCCAUGAAGAGCAUCUUGGAUCACAGAACACCAGUGUGUGGGCACCCAGCCCCUGGUAUCCGGCAUCUGGGAAAGGUCAUGCUGCCUAUGGCCAAGGUCAAACUCCCUCCAAGCCAGAACACGGGCCCUGGGGACUCGUCACCCCUCACUGUCCCCUCCAACCCAGCUGCUGUUUCCCGAAGGGCUAUCCGGGAGCCCCGCCUGCCCCACGGGGCAAGCACCCAUGGCAAAGAUGGACGCUUCCGACAUAACUGAGGGGCUCUGCCAGUAACUGGCCCUCCUGCCCCCCAAGACUGGACGGGGUAUAGUGGGAAGUGAGAGAUGGAGGCUGGGCAGAUGGGCAUGGCCUGGGAGCAGGAGCUCAGGAUCUCAGAAGGCUGGGGCUCCUGAGACCCAGGAAUUGUGAGGGUGCCUGCCCAACACUUCGUUGCUUUCAGUGCCACCAGGAAAGGGAGGUGAGCCCAGGAGGCAUGACUGGGGAUGACAUGGCUCCCCAGCCUCCCAGCCCUGGACAGAACCCUGUUGCCAAAACCUUGUUCUGAAGCCUGUGGCCAGACUUGGCCUUGGAAAUGGGAGGAAGGAAUCUGUUAGUGGGACAGGGCUUCUGGGCCCACACCUGGGGCAAGAGCAUCCUGGAUAGUUGGAGAAGGAGCCACCGGGCACUUCAUAUACUAUGCGGACGGGGGAGGGAAUCUGAUUUUGUUACUUGGCAGUGGCUUCCCCCCACCCCUUCAUUUUUUUAACAAUAAAAUCCCAUUUGGGUCUUGAUGGCUGUGUUGGAAACUGGACAUUGUCUGAAAUGUUGGGUGGCCAUGACUG